CCCCUGGGCCUGAGGGCUGGCGGGUGGCGGGGACGCGCGCGGGAGAGCGGGGGCGCGCGGCGCUGCGAGGCCUGCGCGCCGAGCCGGGGGAGGCAUGCGGCGGGCCAAGAGUGCGGCUCCUGCCGCCAACCCGCGCGGGCAGAAGCGGUCCGGGGCCGCCGCCCCGGCUACCAACACAAGCCGCACACGGCGCUCGGCGAGCCAGGCCGGGGGCGGGGACCAGGCGGUGGCGAAGCAGCCGUCGCCGAAGCGGCGGCUGAGGAGUUCGUUGCCGCGGGCCCAGGAGGCGGGCCCCGGGGAGCCGCCGCCGGAGCUGGCGCUGCUCCCACCGCCGCCGCCUCCGCCGCCGACUCCGGCGACACCGACGUCCUCGGUGUCCACGCUGGACCUGGGCGAGCAGCGGGAGCGCUGGGAGCUGUUCCAGAAACGGCAGAGGCUCACCUCCGAGGGCGCUGCCAAGCUCCUGCUGGACACCUUUGAAUACCAGGGCCUGGUGAAGCACACAGGAGGCUGCCACUGUGGAGCAGUUCGUUUUGAAGUUUGGGCCCCAGCAGACUUGCACAUCUUUGACUGCAACUGCAGCAUUUGCAAGAAGAAGCAGAAUAGACACUUCAUUGUUCCAGCUUCUCGCUUCAAGCUCCUGAAGGGAGCUGAGAAUAUAACCACUUACACGUUCAAUACGCACAAAGCCCAGCACACCUUCUGCAAGAGAUGUGGUGUUCAAAGCUUCUAUACUCCCCGCUCAAACCCUGGAGGCUUUGGAAUUGCCCCCCACUGCCUGGAUGAGGGCACCGUGCGGAGUGUUGUCACUGAGGAGUUCAAUGGCAACGAUUGGGAGAAGGCCAUGAAGGAGCACAAGACCAUCAAGAACAUGUCUAAAGAGUGAGCUUCUCCCUGUCCCUUCCUGAAAAGGAGGAGUGAUUGGGGCCAGCAGCUGUGCUGUCCCUGCCACACCUGGGUGUUGCUCUUGGAUAUGGCCACCCCAGGCUGCUGGCUCCGUUGGCCAGCAGUCACCUUGAUCUGUGCAGUUUGCUCUAGCUACCAGUUUCUUUAGGCAGCUCUUUAUCUUUCCUUAGCCCAGAUUUUGAUGUAGGCUAGUUGACAUUCUUCCUUCUCUUCCCAACUUUUGUGUGAUCUUAUAGGGAAAAAAAAUAAAUAUUUUUAACAUUAAAGCA